UCCCUCCCUCCCUCCCUCCUUUCUUUUCUCACUGCAUUUUUCAGUUCAGAGGAUAAUUAUUCUUCAAUGGAGUUACAAAGCAUACUCCACUUCCUUCAGGACAAGACCGUUUUAGUGACUGGCGCCACCGGCUUUCUCGCCAAAAUUUUUGUGGAGAAGAUACUAAGGGUUCAGCCAAAUAUCAAGAAGUUAUACCUUCUUCUGAGAGCCUCGGAUAGCAUAUCUGCCACACAACGCUUACAUAAUGAGAUCACAGGAACGGAGUUGUUCAGAUUGUUGAAGGAAAAUCAUGGCGCAGAAUUCAAUUCCUUUAUCUCAAAGAAGUUGACUCUGGUUCCUGGGGACAUCUCCCAUGAGGACUUGAAUCUGAAGGACUCCGUUGUAAAGGAAGAGAUAUGCCGAGAAACAGAUGUUAUAGUAAACUUGGCUGCAACAACUAACUUUGAUGAAAGAUACGAUGUCGCAUUGGGUAUAAAUGCCUUGGGAGCCAAACAUGUUUUGAGCUUCGCCAAAAAAUGUACCAAACUGAAGGUGCUUGUCCACGUCUCAACAGCAUAUGUAUGUGGGGAGAAAGGAGGAUUGAUAACAGAGGAUCCAUAUAAAAUGGGGGAGUCACUAAAUGGAGUUUCUGGACUAAACAUUGACUCCGAAAAGAAAUUGGUAGAAGAAACUCUGAAACAGCUUCAAGAGGAGGGAGCCACAGAAUAUGAAAUUAAAGUUGCCAUGAAGGACUUGGGUCUUAAAAGGGCAAAUACAUACGGAUGGCCAAACACAUACGUGUUUACGAAGGCAAUGGGAGAAAUGCUCGUGGGAGCAUUGAAGGGAAACGUGCCUGUUGUCAUUAUACGUCCGACCAUCGUUACCAGCACUUUCAAGGAACCUUUUCCUGGUUGGGUUGAAGGCGUAAGAACCAUAGAUAGUGUGCUUGUUGCGUAUGGCAAAGGAAAAUUAAGUUGUUUCCCAGCGGACAUCGAUGCCGUUUUUGACGCGAUACCAGCUGACAUGGUGGUGAAUGCUAUGUUAGUGGCUAUGGUGGCUCAUGCGAAUGGGGAGGAUGAUAAAAUAUAUCACGUGGGUUCCUCCAUGAGAAACCCAGUGAGAUACUCCAAUCUCACAGACUAUGGCUUAAGAUACUUCACAUCAAAGCCACUGAAGAACAAGGACGGCAAGAUUGUCAAGGUUGGCAACGUUACUGUAUUAAACAGUAUCGACAGCUUCCGCACAUACAUGUUCAUUCGCUAUAUGCUUCUCUUGAAGGGACUAGAGCUGGCCAAUAAAGCUUUUUGUCAGUACUUUCGGGGGACGUAUCUGGACCUAAACAGGAAGAUUCAGAUCGUGAUGCGGUUGGUUGAUCUUUACAGGCCUUACUUGUUCUUCAAUGGCGUAUUUGAUAAUAUGAACACAGAGAAAUUGCGGGUGGCGGCGACGCAGGGUGGGGUAGAGAUGGAUAUGUUCUAUUUUGACCCAAAGAUGAUUGACUGGGAGUAUUACUUCAUGAAUAUACAUAUCGCUGGCAUCAAUAAGUACGUCCUCAAGUGAUUCAUCAUUUUUUCAACUGCAAUACUGUAGCCUUACGUUGUCUUGUGUAACUUCUCUUUUAGUUGAUUGCAUUUAGGAGACUUAAGCCUGUUGGCAAAAAAUAAAACACACACACACACACACACAGAGACUUGUCUGCUGGCAAAAAAUAAAAAAAAAACAGAGAGAGAGAGAGAGAGAGAGAGAGAGAGAGAGAGAUUUAAGUCUUGGUAAGUGUGUGAGAUUAUAAAUGUUUGUGUGUUAUUAGUUAUUCAGUCCAAGGCAGUGCUGUAGUAUCAACAAUAAUACUAUAGCUGCCAAGUGCCCAAUGUUUAUGAAAUUUCGUCAAUAUGAUGAUGGAACAUCUCUUUAUUUUCUCAAA